UACAAGCGGCCCUCUUCGGGCAGCCAUAACUGCGAUGUGGCCUUCAGUGUAACCGUUUUUGACACCCCUGUUUUAAAACAGUAGUAAAACCUCUUAGGGCAGCCAUAACUGCGAUGUGGCCCUCAGUGUAACCGCGUUCGACACCCCUGUUUUAAAACAAUAGUAACAUGCCUUUAUUUUGAAAAGUAGGGAACAGAAGUUGCUUCUGACGCAUGCGCAAACACAUCGAGCAGUGGCAAAAAAAGCGAAAAGACCAAGAUGGCGGACCGAGUGGCUUGAGAGCGGAGAAGUUUAACAUCAAAGAUCUUACAGUCACAUAGAUUGGCAGCAAAUAGAACAAUACAUACCUCAAAUAUACACAUUCUAUUAAGCCCGCGAAACGGAAGUUGAAUUUGGAACGAUGGAGUGUUAUCUGAAGUGAAGAUUGAAGACGUGAUAGAAGAUGGACGACUACUGCUAUGCUAAGAUGGCGACGUCCGCUAAAAGAGAACAUGAAAGAGAAUCAGCGCCACCAACUGCCAGCAAAUCACCAACGGAGAUCAAGAAAACUGCAGAUAAAAACCUUCAGCAGCUGAUUGGUCAUCCAGAAGAACUUCCCCCUCAGUCGCAGCCACCCCACAUUAAAAAGGAAGAGGAGGAACUCUGCAUCACUCAGGAGGGAGAGUGUCUUCUAGGACGAGAGGAAGCUGAUUACACCAAGUUUCCACUGAGUAUUCUCUCUGUGAAGACUGAAUAUGAUGAAGAGAAACCACAACCAGACAACCUCUUAGCUCCACUAUCAGAUAGUGAGGCUGAAGACGAGGUUAAAAAACCUUUGAGCAGCGAUACAGACUGUGAAGGUGAUAUGAGGACUCACAUUGACAACAAACACCCUGAAUGCUCUAAAAAAAAGACAGGCAAAAAACGUUUGAGCUGCUCAGUUUGUGCUAAAAGUUUUACUAGGAAGAGCAAUUUGACUCAACACAUGAGAGCACACAAGGGAGAAAAACCAUUUAUUUGUUCAGUUUGUGGUAAAAGUUUCUCUCUAAAGAGCAGUUUGACUGAACACCUGAGAACACAUACAGGAGAAAAACCAUUUAAUUGUUCAGUUUGUGGCAAAAGCUUUUGUCAAAAGAGCAGUUUGACUGAACACACGAGAACGCACACAGGAGAAAAACCAUUUAAAUGCUCAGUUUGUGAUAAAAGCUUUACUAAAAAGUGGCAUUUAACUCAACACAUGAUAACGCACACUGGACAAAAACCAUUCAGUUGCUCAUUUUGCGGUAAUAGCUUUUCUCGAAACAGCUAUUUGACCCAACACAUGAGAACACACACAGGAGAGAAUCCAUUUAAUUGUUCAGUUUGUGGUAAAAGCUAUUUUUCCAGACAAGGUUUGGCUCAACACAAAAUGAUACACACUGGAGAAAAACCUUUCACUUGUUCGGUUUGUAGUAAAAGAUUCCAUCAUAAUGCAGUCGCAAUAAGACAUUUAAAAACACACACAGGAGAUUAACCAAUCAGCUUUGCAGUUUGUGGAAUGUUGCUCAAAUGUGGCAACUUUUUCAAGGUAAAUUCACUGCUUCUUUUACAAAUAUCAGAAGUCUUCAUACAAAGUGGGAUUAUCUCAAGCAUAAUCUUAUCUCUACAUGACCUCAUGUCUUCUGAGUAUUUGAAACGCUCCUGAAUAGUAAAAUGAGGCUUGUAGUGCUUGGUUACUCCUUCUUCAGACGAGACACGCAUGAUGAUUCUAGCUGGGGAGGAAUUGUAGUCUUCUUCAGUGAUGAUGUACCACCUCUAGAAUGCCUGAUUUUGAAGACCAACAUCAUGAAUCGAUCUGCCUGAAACUACACCUUCCAGGUCGCCUGGUGUUUAUAUUUUGUGUCUACAGACCAACAUCAGAUGAUAAUUCGGUUGUCCCUAUCCAAGAACUCCACCCAAAAUCUGAAAUGAAUGUUCUUGGGGAUGUGAAGGGCCAUCAUGAAGACUGGCUGAGAAGUUAUAAGACUGACGCUCACGAGUUUGCUAUACUCAACCCUGGUUUAAUGACAAGUUCCAUAAGGCAGAUGGCUUAUCGAAGCAUCAUACAGAAUAUUUAUUUCCCCUAAGAAUCAGAAUCGAAUUGAGUCAUUUACAAUUACCAAAAUCCCUAUUGGAACCAUUUCCACAGGUGAGAACAGCGCAUGUAUGUGACUUUAAUUUGGCUCCUUGCUAGGAAUACGCUUGUUUGCCCACAAUAUGCUCGAGUCCUCAAGCCAACACUGAAGUCUUUAAACCAAUUAUUAUAAAUUAAAAAACAAAACAAAAAACACAUACAAUAUAGCUAUAUUUUAGUUUUUGAAUGUUAAAAUAUAUUUAUGGUCUUCCAUUUUAUGGAAUUAUUUUGGUUUAUGUGACGUCAGGUGGGUUCACUUCCUGUUGUAUGUAGACACGUCAUGUGUGGAUCUUCAUAUUUACUAGAGAUGUAUAUAUGCGUUAUAAAUGUUUAUAUGCGAUAUAUGCGUUAAAAUGUAAUAUCGGAAAUUAUCGGUAUCGUUUUUUUGUAAUCGGUAUCGUUUUUUUUGUUUGUUUUUUUUAUUUUUAUUUUUAUUAAAUCAACAUAAAAAACACAAGAUACACUUACAAUUAGUGCACCAACCCAAAAAACCUCCCUCCCCCAUUCACACUCAUUCACACAAAAGGGUUGUUUCUUUCUGUUAUUAAUAUUCUGGUUCCUACAUUAUAUAUCAAUAUAUAUCAAUACAGUCUGCAAGGGAUACAGUCCGUAAGCACACAUGAUUGUGCGUCCUGCUGGUCCACUAAUAGUACUAACCUUUAACAGUUAAUUUUACUAAUUUUCAUUCAUUACUAGUUUCCAUGUAACUGUUUUUAUAUUGUUGGACUUUCUUUUUUAUUCAAGAAAAUGUUUUUAAUUUAUUUAUCUUAUUUUACUAUUUUUUUUAAAAAGUACCUUAUCUUCACCAUACCUGGUUGUCCAAACUAGGCAUAAUAAUGUGUUAAUUCCACGACUGUAUAUAUCGGUUGAUAUCGGUAUCGGUUGAUAUCGGUAUCGGUAAUUAAAGAGUUGGACAAUAUCGGAAUAUCGGAUAUCGGCAAAAAGCCAUUAUCGGACAUCCCUAAUAUUUACCUUUACUGUAUAGUAGUUGUGUUUGAAUAUCUCGCUUUAUUACCUCAUGGCAACUACUGAAGAUAUUUUUCUUUUGUGACUGUCAUUCUCUGGUGACUGUUUUGGACCCCCCCACACCCCCAAACAUUUUUAUGUUAAAAUACUGAACAUCUGUUCAGUAUUUUAACAUAAAAGUGUUUGAUUGUGAGGCAUUAAAGGCCUACUGAAAUUAUUAUUUUUUUAUUUAAACGGGGAUAGCAGAUCUAUUCUAUGUGUCAUACUUGAUCAUUUCGCGAUAUUGCCAUAUUUUUGCUGAAAGGAUUCAGUAUAAAACAACGACGAUAAAGAUCGCAACUUUUGGUAUCUGAUAAAAAAAAAGGCUUGCCCCUACCGGAAGUAGCGUGACGUAGUCAAUUGAACAUAU